UUGGAGGAGAUUGCUUCUCUAUUGUGCCUAAAUUAAAUGCCCCCCAGCCAGGAGGAUAAAUCCUGGGUUUGCUUCCAAAACUGGGGUGAAGGACCCCCACCCCCCACCCCCCCACCGUCCUGCAGAGGAGAGGAAAACAGGAAAUCUGUCCCUUUUGGCCUGAAAUCAGCCCUGCAGAAACCUCUCUAUAUGAAUGCUGAAUAUUUUGGUCUCGGCCGACGGAGGGCUCUGGGCAGCUGUGGAUCUCACAGGGAUUUUCCUCUGGGAGCUGGGGGUGUUCACUCUCCCUCCACAAGCAUGGCAACAUCAGCACAGUACAGACAGCUCAUCAACGACUACGGCCCCCCAUCCCUAGGCUACACACAAGGGAUGCAGGGCACCAGCAGCAGUCAAGUACCACAGAGCAAAUAUGCAGAACUUCUAGCUAUCAUAGAAGAAUUAGGAAAAGAGAUUAGACCUACGUAUGCUGGGAGUAAAAGUGCCAUGGAGAGGCUAAAAAGAGGCAUUAUCCACGCCAGAGGAUUGGUGCGGGAGUGCCUGGCCGAGACGGAGCGGAACGCCAGGUCCUAGCCCAGCUGCAGGGCCAGGCUCUCCUUCUCCCCGGGAAGAAAAAGUAACACUUCUUCUUUUUGACUCUGGAAACAUUCACACAAACUCCUUUAUUUUGAAUGUUUUACCGUUCUUGUUUUGCCCUUGCAAAAAUGUACAGUUAAAGAAUGGGGAAAAAAAAAAAAAAAAACCCCAAGGAUUUUUCACCUUACUGAGGGUUUGCAUUUUCUAAAGACAUUAAAACUCCCUAAAAUGUUUCUAAAACAUGGAAACUGAAGUGCAUGCAGAGGAAUGCUCUUUCUCUCCCAGGCUAUAUUUCAGUUCUCUUCUUAUCCAGCCACAGCCUCAUUCUGUUUUUUGUUUUUCCUUUGACUAUGUUCACUUAUCCCCAAAACGUCAAUCUUUCAAAGUUUGACAUAAACUCUAAGGAUUUUUUUAAAUAAAUGCAGAAUAGCAUGCUGUACCUAGUAGUCUGCUAAGUCACAAUUUGUCAUACAGCAUAGACCCUGCUUAGAAAUAACCUUCCCCUUCUCUUAUUUUUCCUUUUUUUGUUCAUUUUGCAUAAACAUUUGCAUGACUGUUAGUGCUUUGAAGUCCACUUAAAGUGCAUGAGCUAUAUGGAAAAUAGGGAAACCUAUUAAAUAAUAACAAGGUCCUGGAAAGCUAAUUUCUACAUUAAGGCUGGAGAUUUCAGUUUAAAGUUUGCAAAAAAAAAAAAAAAGAAAAGAAAAAUGAACAUUCUGGAUAAAUUACUAAAACUGUUAUUUGCAUCUUUGUAUGUAUUUAUUACUUGACGUAAUAAAGCUUAUUUUCAUUAACA